GCUUGUAGAAACAAUUACAACCUCGGCUUCAUCCGCAUUCCCACCAUGGCUUCUAUCACGCUUGUUGUACGCCCUCGAGGUCGCCCCAUCAAGGGUCUGCCCGAAUCCAUCACCGUGAAUCCGGACGAGUCGGCUGCACAGAUCUUCUCCGAGAUUGCGGAUGCUUCAAAGUUUUCGAUUCACCGCCUGAGAGUGACAAAGGGUAGCGAUGGAACGCCAAUCUCCAACAACUGUGAUAUCACGGUGCAGCAAACUGGGCUCCGCAACAAAAGCGCGAUUGAUGUGAAGGAUCUGGGUCCUCAAAUCUCCUGGCGAACUGUCUUCGUCAUCGAGUACCUCGGACCGCUCCUCUUCCACCCAAUCUUCUACUACGGCCGCUCCCUCAUCUACGGUACUUCCGCACCAGCAUCCGAUCUCCAAACCCUCACGAUGAUAAUGUGUGUCCUCCACUUUGCGAAACGUGAAUUCGAAACUCUCUUCAUCCACCGCUUCUCCGCCGCUACUAUGCCCGCAAGGAACAUCUUCAAAAACAGUGCACACUACUGGUUCCUCUCUGGCCUCAACCUCGCGUACUGGUCAUACAGCCCCUCAUCACCAGCCGCACAGACUCCAAAGUCCCCGCUAUUGACGUACCUCGGCAUCGCACUGUUCGCAAUCGGCGAACUGUCAAACUUCUACACACACUUGAUUCUUAAGAACCUGCGCCGUCCGGGGAGCCAGGAUCGCGGUAUCCCGCGGGGUCUUGGAUUCGGCCUGGUUACGUGCCCCAACUACAUGUUUGAGAUUAUGGCUUGGGUUGGUGUGACGCUUGUGAACAGGAGCUUGAGCACUGUGCUGUUCUUUGUGAUUGGCGGUGCGCAAAUGUAUGCUUGGGCUAAGAAGAAGGAGCGUCGGUACCGCAAGGAGUUCCCGGAGACGUAUAAGAAGAAGCGAUCUGUCAUGAUCCCUGGUCUGCUCUGA